AUGCCUCGCCCGGGCAGAAACACUUACAGCGACCAAAAACCUCCCUAUUCGUACAUCUCUCUGACGGCCAUGGCGAUCCAGAGCUGCCCCGAGAAGAUGCUGCCGCUUAGCGAGAUCUACAAAUUCAUCAUGGACCGCUUCCCGUACUACCGCGAGAAUACACAGCGAUGGCAGAACUCACUGAGGCACAAUCUAUCCUUCAACGACUGUUUCAUCAAGAUCCCUCGGCGGCCAGAUCAGCCGGGCAAAGGCAGUUUCUGGGCGCUGCACCCGAACUGCGGCGACAUGUUUGAAAACGGCAGUUUUCUUCGGCGUCGCAAGCGCUUCAAGGUGCUCUCAUCGGACCCUUUGGCACCGAGCAAGCCUUCAGAAGCUGCACAUUACCUGCAGCAACAGCAUGCAAAGCUGCGUCUGAGCGCGCUGGCCGCCACUGGAGCGCACCUGCCACAUGUACCCGCCUACAACCUGACCACACCUCCGCCGUCUACCUUCAAGCACCCGUUCGCUAUUGAGAACAUCAUCGCGCGCGAUUACAAGGUGCCCGGCGGCCUGGCCUUUUCCACAAUGCCUUCCAUGUCUGCCGGUUACCCGUUACACGGUCAGCUCGCCACAGCCUGGCCGCAUGUGUAUGGCGCGGGAGCUCUUGAGAGCGCUGCGCCCAUUUCCGUGGCAAGCGAUUACGGCGCAUAUGGCGUGCCUAUCAAGUCGCUGUGCCACGGAGCGCAGAGUUUGCCCGCCGUUCCGGUGCCCAUCAAGCCGAUGCCCCCCCACCUGCCCGCGUUUCUCUCGAACUCUCCACAGUCUCUAAGCCCCACAUCCCCUCACACGGCAACCGGCCAAAGCAGUCCGGCCAACCCAAGCGACACGCUGAGCGGCCCGGCUACACUGCAGUCUGUCGCCGUGCACUGA